AUGUCCACAACCAACACCACCACCCCCGAAGGCGUCCCCGGCCUCCUCCUAGGCCACUCCUCCCGGCACCCUUUCUCUCUAGUCCCGCUCUCCUCCCGCUCCUCCGUGCAAUCCCUCCUCACCACCCUCCUCGACCCCCUCCUCCCCUUCUUCUCGCCCCUCAAAUCCCGUAUCCGCGUCCCAGGAGCCACAGCAGUGCGCUUCGACCAAACCGCCUCCGAAAUCGAAGGUCUUGCCCGUCCGCUAUGGGGCCUUGCCUGUCUUUUGGCGGGCGGCGGGGAAUACGAAUACAAGGAGUGGUGGAUCGAAGGCAUAAAGAACGGGGUUGAUGCGGAGGGAAAAGAGUUUUGGGGGUGGGCGAGGGAUAAUGAUCAGAGGAUGGUGGAGAUGUGUCCGCUGGGUUUUGCGCUGGCUGUUAUACCCGGUUUGUGGGAGAAACUGGGGGAAAGCGGGCAGAGGGGGGUGGAGAGGUGGUUGGGGGAGGAGGUUAAUGUUAAGAACAUGCCCAACACGAACUGGCUAUGGUUUCGCGUCUUCGCCAACCUUGGACUAAAGAAAAAUGGUGGAAAGUUCUCUCAGGAGAGAUUGGAUGCCGACAUCGAGCAUCUCGAUACGUUUUACCGCGGUGAUGGCUGGUCGAAUGAUGGCCCAGAGGGUAUUCAUCAAAUGGAUUACUACUCUUCGAGUUUUGCCAUCCACUUCCUUCAGCUACUUUAUGCCAAACUGGCUGGCGAAGAUGAGCCCGAACGGGCUGCCGAGUUCAAGAAGAGGGCACAGACCGCCGCAUUGGAUCUGGUACAUUACUAUGACAAGGAGGGCCGCUCCAUCCCCUUCGGCCGCAGUGUCGGCUACCGCUUCGCCAUGGUCUCCUUCUGGGGCGCCCUCGCCUACGCCGACGUCGAGCUCCCCGCCCCUUUAACCUGGGGCAUGGUCAAAGGCAUCGUUCUCCGACAUCUGGGCUGGUGGCAGACCCAAGGCAACAUAUUCAGCCCCGCUGGCACUCUCACCAUCGGCUACUCGUACCCCAACAUGUACAUGGCCGAGAACUACAACAGUCCCGGCUCGCCUUACUGGGCUUGUCUGGCCUUUAUCUGUCUCGCCGUGCCCGAAACGCAUCCCUUCUGGACUUCCGAGGAAGAAGAUCCCUGGCCGCUCAUCCCCGCCGUCAAACCCCUCCCCCAACCGGGUCACAUCAUGAGCAAUCUCGGCGGCCACUGCAUGCUUCUCUCCUCCGGUCAGGCCUGUUCCUACCCUAUGAAGGGCACGCACGCCAAGUACGGCGCCUUCGGCUACUCCUCUGCCUUCGGCUACUCCGUUCCUCCGGGCUGCUUCACGCUGGAGCAAUAUGCUCUGGCCUCGCAGCUGGGUUUCUCCGAUGACGGAGGAGAGUGCUGGAAGACUCGCCGCCUCUCUACUUCCCGCCUCGCUACCAAGGAAGGUAGUCCAGUGCUCAUCUCCGAAUGGACACCCUACCCAGACGUCUUCGUAACGACCUACCUCCUCCCGCCCACCGAAGCCGCACUCAACUGGCACUUGCGCGUGCACCACAUCCGCGCCGAAGGGCGCUCGGUGAUGACAGCCGACGGGUCCUUCGCCAUCCUCAACGAGCGGACACCGGACGGUCGAUACCUUGACUUGUACGACCCCAAGAAAUGCGAGGGGACGUCCCCCAAGUUGAUCGGGAACUAUGACCUCAAAACCCCCGAAGCGUGGGCUCCCGGAAAGAAGGGCGCGUUCGCGGUGUCGAGGGCUGGAGCGGUGGGGAUCAGAGUGUUGGAUAUUGAGGAAGAGGGCAGAGAGGCGACGUUGGUGAAUGCGGAUCCGAACUCGAAUCUUGUGGAGAGCAGGACGACGAUUCCGACGUUGCAGCAUGAGAUUGGGAAGGGCGGGAGAUGGUGGUACGUGACGGGGAUUUAUGCGAAGCCGGCGGGCGAGGGGGUCGCUAAGGAAAGUUAUUUGGAUGGGUGGGAGAAGGGACCUGAAGUGCCGGGGUGGUUGAAGGAGGAGAUUGAGAAGAGUGAGUGA